AUGUUUCGAGGCAAUAAAAACUGCAACGGCUCCGGUGGCUAUAACAAGACCAUUUCCACUAGCAUGAAUGAUCUGCAUUCCAACUUCACUGUCAGCAAGUCGAUUGAAUCAUCCAUGACCAUCACUGGAGAGUUUGUAACCGAUACUCUUGUCAUUGGAGACACAACCGUGGAGUCUAUGAAGAUCGGGAUUCUCAAUGUGGAUGCCGCCCAGAAUAUUAUGGGGCUGGGAUAUGGCGAAACAAACUCGUCUUUUAUUUCCCUUACUGAAGCAUUGGUUAAUGCUGGAACCAUCAAGUCCCCAGCUUUUAGCAUGUAUAUGGAAACCCCUGUUCAUUCUAUAUACGCAGGAACCUCGCAGGAUGAGAAAACAGGCACUCUUCUUUUCGGUGGUGUGAACAAAUCCAAGUACAAUGGCACACUUCACACACUUCCCAUCAUCAACAACCCUGCCGAUUAUAGAAAGGCUUUCCGGAUCAAUAUCACAAGCUUUUCUAUUAAUGAGACAUCGGUAUUUCCUGAGGGGCCUUCGAUACAAGCUCUACUUGAUGCCUCAUUGUCUUAUACCUACGUCCCAGAAUCCAUCGCGCAGGAUAUCUUCUCUCGAUUGGGUGUCACUGAAACCUCAACGUCUGGGCCAGCCUCUAUCCCAUGCAAUACAACUUCCAGUGACACAAAACUUACGUUCGCGUUCGGAGCUGCGAGUUUCAAACUUGACAUUGGUCUGUUCAUAGAAAGACGUAGCGUGUUUAAUGAUGAGGAUAUCUGCUAUUUGGGUAUUGUCGCGAAAGCCGAUACCAAGGGCGCAGACAGCGUUGGGCUUGGGGCAAACUUUCUUCAACAGAUCUACACUGUCUAUGAUAUGGGCAACGACGAAAUCUCUUUAGCACAGAGGAACUGGAACUCCAACGAAGAUGAAAUCGUCGAAAUUACGACUGGCAAGAAUGCAGUCCCUGGGUCUACCUUGGAAAAGGGUGUGGCAGAUGACACAAAAGCCAAAGAUGCCCACGAGGAGAAGUCUACCGGAUCCCGCAUUGACGAGUGUGUAGGCCGACAGCUCUGCCUUUCUAUCUUUGCGAUUUGGACUCUCUUCUAUUUAUAG